AUGGAGGCAUCUCCUGCUUCGGUUGUUGGCUCAUCUGAGCACUCUAUUAACCCUUGCUCCGUUCUUGAUCAACCGGCCGCAGUCGACUUAAUCGAUCUCUCAAGUGGAGUCUCUGCUGAGGAUCUGUCUCCCACUGACCAUUCAGAGACUUCAACGACAUUUUCGCAUGCACAGUCUCUUAUCGUAUCCCCGAGUGCUAGCUGUCCAACUAAACCAACCAAACACCAAGGUGUAGCGCCUAUCCCGAUAUACAGUGGCUUCCGAAUUGGUGCGGAAGUCGAGCUGCUCGAGUGCGAGUAUUCUCCAACUCUGGAAGGCCAUCGCAUGUCGCUCAAGGUUUCUACAUCUGAUGUCCGACGGAUUGCAGAGGCAUUUGUCCUACGCAAAAUUAAUAGACCUCAUGAAAAUGUUCAUCUUUAUUUAAUAGGCGUCACGCUUGACAUCCUCGGUUCAGAAGCUUGUAUGAAACGUGCUGUUCUAUUGUAUACCCUAUAA